UCUUCAACGAGGGUUUUUUUCUGUAUCAGUGAAAAUAAAAAUGGAGCAGAAGAGCGUAUUGUUGUCAGCUUUAGGUGUUGGUGUUGGACUAGGGAUUGGGUUGGCAUCUGGUCAGAGUUUAGUUAGAUGGGCAAACGGGUCAGGCCCAGUAGAAGACGGGCUCACCGGAGAACAGAUUGAACAAGGGUUGUUGAAACAAAUUUUGAAUGGGAGAGAGAGUACUGUCACAUUCGAUGAGUUUCCGUACUUCUUAAGCGAGAGAACUCGAGAGUUAUUGACAAGUGCAGCUUAUGUUCAUCUAAAAGGGUCUGACAUCUCAAAGCACACCAAGAAUCUUGUACCUGCAAAUAAAGCCAUUCUACUUUCCGGUCCUGCAGAGUUUUAUCAGCAAACGCUUGCAAAAGCUUUGUCACAUUACUUUGAAUCAAAGCUAUUGCUGUUAGAUGUAAAUGAUUUCUCUAUCAAGAUGCAAAGUAAAUAUGGAUGCACCAUGAAGGAACCUUUUCACAAGAGGUCUUUCUCUGAGCUAACAUUGAAUAAAAUGUCGAGUUUGAUGGGUUCCUUCUCUAUGCUCUCUCAAAGCAAAGUUGAUCCAAGAGGUAGAAACCAACAAAGAGUCUUCUUUGUUUUUUUUUUUUAAAUAACAUCUAAAGCAUUAUGUUUCCUUCUAGCUUCCAGCAAAGAAAGCAUAAAUCUAUGCUUCGACGAGAAACUUUUCAUGCAAUCAAUUUACAAGGUGUUGGUCUCUGUAUCGGAUAAAAAUCCUUUAAUAAUAUACCUCAGGGACGUUGAGAAGCUUCUUGAGUCAGAAAGAUUCUACAAGUUGUUACAAAAGCUGUUGAACAAGCUCUCUGGUCCUGUCUUGAUUCUCGGCUCGAGAGUAUUAGAAUCCGGAGAUGAUUACCAAAAAGUAAGCGAAGGAACAUCAUCUCUCUUUCCUUACAACAUCGAAAUCAGACCACCAGAAGAUGAAUCUCAGCUAAAGACCUGGAAAAAUCUGUUAGAAGAUGACAUGAAGAAGGCUAAAUUUCAAGAAAACAAGAAUCACAUCGGCGAGUUUCUUUCUGCUAACGAUAUAAAAUGCGAUGACUUGGCUUCCAUAUGCCAGGCAGAUACAAUGUGUUUGAGCAACCACAUUGAGGAGGUUGUGGUUUCUGCAAUCACUUAUCAUUUGAUACACACCAAAGAACCGGAGUACAGAAACGGGAAGCUUGUUAUAUCUUCCAAAAGCUUGUCUCAUGGACUAAGUAUAUUCAAAGAAGGUGGAACCAAAUCAUCUGAAGACUCACCAAAAGACAAUGAGUUUGAGGAGGGUAUAAGAUCAGAGGUCAUAAAAGCAAAUGAGAUUGGUGUGACGUUCGCAGAUAUUGGUUCUUUGGACGAAACAAAAGAGUUGCUUCAAGAACUUGUAAUGCUUCCACUAAGAAGACCUGAUCUCUUCAAAGGCAGUCUUCUCAAGCCAUGCAGAGGAAUCCUACUGUUCGGACCGCCUGGUAGUGGCAAAACAAUGCUAGCAAAGGCAAUUGCAAAUGAAGCUGGAGCUAGUUUCAUCAAUGUCUCCAUGUCUACAAUCAGUUCCAUGUGGUUUGGAGAUAACGAGAAGAAUGUGAGAGCCUUGUUUACUUUAGCAGCUAAAGUAUCUCCAACGAUCAUAUUUGUGGAUGAAGUGGAUAGUAUGUUGGGACAAAGGACAAGAGAUGGAGAGGAAUCCACGAGGAAGAUGAAAAAUGAGUUUAUGUCGCAUUGGGAUGGACUAAUGAGUAAACCAGGUGAAAGGAUUCUGGUUCUUGCAGCUACAAACAGACCAUUUGAUCUUGACGAAGCUAUCAUUAGGAGGUUUGAGCGCAGAAUAAUGGUGGGACUUCCUUCCAUUGAGAGCAGAGAGAAGAUCUUGAGGACUUUGUUGUCGAAAGAGAAAACAGAUGCUCUUGAUUUUCAUGAGCUUGGAAAGAUGACAGAAGGCUACAGUGGAAGUGAUCUCAAGGUUUAUUUCAUCUUUAACAUGCAAAACUCAAAAAUCUUAUGUCAAUUUUUUUUUGUAAACUGACUGUUUUUUUUUUUAACUUUUGUGCAACAGAACAUGUGCAUCACAGCUGCGUAUAGACCGGUUAGAGAACUAAUUCAG